AUGGCACCCUUUAGUGUUAUUCUCCUGGUACAUACCCUGGCCAUUGCGACAGGUGCCUACUCAUUGUGGCCUAUGCCCCGCCAGCUGCAGUCUGGAAGCACUGCCUUGAUGCUGUCGAAUCACUUCAACUUCGAGCUCUCUGGUGUGCUACUGCAUUCAGUGCCACCCGACUUGCAACAGGCCAUAUCACGUACAUCCGCACAGCUUAAACAUGAUAAGCUCGAACGUCUUGUCGUCGGUGGUGCCACAGCUGAUGCUCGCCAGAUUGUUCACGCCAAGACCAUCUUAACUUUGACUCUGUCACUACACUCGACUGCGUCCAAGGUUCUCAGUAUUUCCCAGUGCUCAGUCUUGCCCCUUGAAGAGCGCGAUGAGAGUUACUCGCUCAUCGUUCCCGCUGAUGGUUCUGCUGGUACCCUCUCGGCGAACACAACUCUAGGUCUUUUCCGAGGGCUUACCACAUUUUCUCAACUCUGGUACUGGUGUGAGAGCACGGCUUACACUAUUGAGGCUCCUUUCAUCAUUCAUGAUUCCCCUGCAUAUCCCUACCGCGGAUUCAUGCUCGAUACUGCGCGAAACUACUUUCCAAUCCCUGACAUCCUCCGCACCUUGGAUGCAAUGUCAUACGUCAAGGCAAACGCUUUCCAUUGGCACGUGGUGGAUUCUCAGUCUUUCCCUCUCGUUGUCGAGGCUUUCCCAGAACUGAGCGCGAAAGGUGCCUACACGCAAAACGAAGUAUACACUCCGCACGAUGUAAAACAAAUUGUCUCUUACGCCGCUGCACGUGGUAUCGAUAUACUCGUAGAAAUCGACACCCCUGGUCACACGUCUGCUAUCUCCAAGUCUCAUCCCGAGUACAUUGCUUGUCCCGAAGGUACGCCGUGGUCCACCUAUGCCAACGAACCUCCUGCUGGCCAACUCCGUCUUGCGACUGCUUCCGUGAUCGAGUUCACACAGAAUUUGAUCAAAUCCGUUCUUCCGUCGCUUCCUUCCAAAUAUUUCUCUACCGGUGGAGAUGAAAUCAAUACUAAUUGCUACAGCCAAGAUCCUGAGACCCAGUCUGAACUGGAGAAGAAGGGUUGGACGCUUGACCAAGCUUUGGGUAACUUCGUCGGAAAGAUUCACAGUACAGUAGCCAGCUUAGGAAAAACUCCAGUAGUAUGGGAAGAUCUGGUUUUGAGUCACAAUCUUACCCUUGCGAACAACACUAUUGUCAUGGUUUGGAUUUCCUCCCAGAAUGCGGCUGCUGUUGUUCAAAAAGGCUAUCGUAUUGUUCAUGCGCCAUCUGAUUACUUCUACCUGGACUGUGGGCAUGGAGAUUGGGUCGGUGAAUCUCCUCAGGGUAACUCAUGGUGCGAUCCAUUCAAAACUUGGCAAAAGGCAUACACCUUCGAUCCGCAAGCGUCCAUUCCGGACACCCAAAAACACCUUGUACUUGGUGGACAACAACUGCUUUGGACUGAACAAUCAUCACCUGCGAGCCUCGAUAGCAUAGCGUGGCCACGGGCUGCUGUUUCAUCCGAGGUCUUCUGGACGGGAUCUAUCCUUCCCUCAGGGAACUAUACAAAUGUUGGUGAAGCACUUCAAAGGCUGCAUGCUCUAAGAUACCGUUUUGUUCAAAGAGGUAUCAAUGCCAUCACACUGCAGCCUCAUUGGUGUGCUGUUAGACCACAUGCUUGUGACCUCACUGCUUAA